UCCGCAAAUACGCAGAAAGACUUCUCAUCUUCAUGUCCUGCAUUUGAAAACUCACCCAAUCGAAAAUGGAGCAUCGCGAUUAUGGCUUCGAUACAAAGGGAGAUUCCGCCAUGGACUUAGACCGUUGCCAAGAAGAUCAAGAAGAAGAAGAAGAUCCUUUCCUCAAAUUCGUGGAUUACGCAAGAUCGGAGAUAUUAUCACUGGAAAGCGAUCCAAACGGAGACGACGAAGGUUCCACUGGAUUUGGAUGGAGUUGGAUCGUGUCUCGUGUUCUCAAGACUUGCAUUGCUUAUUCAAGUGGCGUCACUUCCGCGAUCUUGCUCUCUGAACUCUCUCAGGCAUGGAGUGAACAGCGUAGGGUCGGUGCUCCGAAGAAGAGGCUCGAAUUGAUUGACCAACUCAAGAAGAAUCACCGGAGGACGAAGCUUCCGAACACUGUUACCAUUGAUUCCAUAUACAAGAAGAAUUUCCUGUCCUUGAACGGUGUUCUAGAAGCUGUUAUUAUCGAUGCAUUUGUGCUCCCAGGCACAAACAUCUACAUGCUGACACUAGGAGAUUAUUGGAGCUCCAAUAUCAUAGAUAUCUACCUACACCGCAGAUUCUAUGACUUGGCAGGCCUUCAGAAUGGAAUUCUGAAGCGAGGGAGGGAGAUUUUCCUCACAGGUUGCUACCUCCGGGCUGCCACUCAAGGUUCUGGACAUCCACGUCUCUUGCCAACAGAGUAUCUUGUGAUUAUAUUGGAUGAGAAUCAGGAUGAUGACGCAAUGCUACUAGGAGCUCAAUUUUGUUCAGACUCUUUCUCUUCAAUUUCUCUUGAUGCAGUGAAUGGAGGGGCUUCAUAUUCGCUUUAUGCCAGAAUUGAGAAGAUUGAAUCUGGGGAAAUUCAAGGGAACUCUGGAUGCUUACAAAGAAAACAGAUUACUCUUGUUGAUGGUGAUGGAGUCACAUUAAAAUUUUUCUUGUGGGGAGAGCAGACUAUCCUUGGCAAUCUUUUCAGAGUGGGAAGUAUGCUUGCACUGGACAAACCAUACGUUGCAAGUUCAGCGGACUGUGAUAUUGAAACGAGUGAAGAGUUUUGCCUUGAAUAUGGAAGUGAAACACAAUUAUAUUUGGUGCCUUAUAUUCAACAUGAAGAACAGGUGUGCGUAACAUUGACACCAAAUCGCCGUCAUGGUUCACGGCCCUUGGGUUCCUACAAUCCCAGUCAAGGUCUCAAGUUUUCUCAAGUGAGCCUGCCCCGUGAUUCUCAGGGCACCAUUGAUUUCAGUAAUUAUCCUAUUCGGACAUUUGUGGUCGACCUUCGUAAAAAGAUGACUGGCAUCAGUCUCUAUGGCGUUGUUACAGAUAUUAUCAAAGAAGAUAAUAACCAAGAAACUGUUUUCUCUUUAAGAAUCGCGGAUACUAGCGGAGAAAUUUGCACAAAGCUUCAUUUUUCCCGAUUUUGGUCAUUGGGAAGAGUGAGUCUCGGUCACACUGUAUUUAUAUCUGGUUUGACAUGCAAGGAGUCGAAACAAAAGUGUCUGGAAGUAUUAUGGUUUGAGAAUGGUAUUGGGGCUUCUUUCAUCAAUCUCAGUUGCUUACCAUCAUUGAUCAACUCAUCUUGCCUUCAUAAGCUAUUGCAACUCUCUGAUAUUUCUGACCAGACUAGCUAUCCGCAAGUAUGUCGGGUCUGGCUUGAUCCAAUCGAGUAUUUUAACGUUAAUACAAGAUUUUCACAUUCUCUCUGUGGUCAUUUUGUCAACAAGAUGUCUGAUGGAUCGGUGGAAUGCAGCUUUUGUCGUGCAAUUUCUGAUGCUACGGCAGUACGCACAUUCCAUCUGAAAAUUACUCUUGCGGACAUGGGUACGAAAGUUUUAGCAUGGUGUACAGGUCAAACUGCUAUGGAUUUGUUACAGAUAUCUCCUGAGGAAUUUUAUGAACUCCCCGAGGAAGAGCAAUUAAUGUAUCCUUCGUCGUUAGACAAAGAGAGGUUUAUGGUUGCACUAGUAAGUAGUAAGCGAGAUGGUUGUAUGAUAGAUGGCCUAUUGCCAGAAGAUUCAGUUUCGUGGGAAAUCACACGAGCAUACAAGUGUGAAUAAUUGUUGAAUGCACAUAGAAGUUUUCUUGUUUCUGUCCUUCCAAUAUAGUCGCUGGCACUGAAUGCAUGUGGUGAUUCGCCAAGGGGGCUAUCUCAUGCGACGUUUCCGAAGGAAAGUGCGAGCUUCAGUUUUGAUGUUCGGACAAUUGCGAGCAUUCUAUUUGACAUCUUUUAUUUUCUAUCAUAUUAUUAAUAUCAAUCAAUUCUCUUU